AUGGUGGUUGAUAUUUUAUCGAGAUUACCGGUAAAGUCUCUUAUGCGAUUUAAGUGUGUUUGUAAAUUUUUCUAUGAUUUGAUAAAAAGUGAUCACCACUUCAUGAACAAACACUAUGAAAUUAGCAAAGGAAAAACCGAUUGUGUUGUUUUAGAGGUUGGUUGUUUUGAUAGAGAAUAUUAUUUGCUUUACAAAGAAUCUGAGUAUAAUGAGAUUGGAUGCAUAUACUUAGACAUCGUCCCAGGAACCCCAACCUCAAGAGUGGAGUCGUGGUUUAAGUGCUGUAAAGGUAUGUUAUGCUUGAUUUCGAUCAAGGAUAUUAGACUUAAUCCUGAUGAUUACCUUAUUUAUGAUAUUUUGAUAUGGAAUCCAUCCAUUAGAAAAGUUGAAGCAUUACCCUCGGUUACUGUCCCUUACAGAGCACCCUGCCAUGCAUAUGUAGAUAACCAUUUUGGAUUUGGGAUUUCUAACAACAUGACUUGGAAGGUUGUCAUGCUAUUAGAUAUUUCUUCUUCAGAAGAUUGCAGUACUAUUCACCAAAUCACAAUGGUUUAUAGUAAAGAUCAGAGUGGUUCUUGGAGUUUGAGACAAAUUAAUUCGGUUAUAUCUUGUAAAAAUAUUUCAGGGGAUAAUGAUUUUUAUUUAAAAGGGAGGCACUAUUGGCGUGCUAAAAGGAGUAAAAGGAGGUAUUACGACAAUUACUUUAUCAAUGAUGAAUACUUGAUUUGGUUUGACAUGAAUGAUGAGGUGUUUGGGACGAUUGAGUUGCCAUCUAAUUUGUUUAUCGCUUCAGUCACAAUAAUGAAUGAGAAUAUUGCUUUACUUGAGGAGAAUUCUGAGAAUUCCGAAUGCAUUGAUAUUUGGUUAAUGAUUGAAAAUGAUAAUAAUACUAAUUGGCGUAAACAAGUAAGCAUAGAUUGUGCUCAAUUAAAUAUGUAUAAUAAGAUUGAAUAUAAUACUUGGAAUGUGGAUGGUGAAUUGCUUGUAUUUCUAGACUGUCAUCCGGCGGAGUUGGAACAGGAGCAUGUUGGAGUACCAUACUUCGCAUCUCUAGAUUUGGUAACUCAAGAAAGGAAGAUAUUCUCUUUAAGUAAAGAAAGGAAAAGUAUUACUAUGGCUUCAAAUUCAACUACGGGCCAUUUUCAACAAGUUUACAACGAGAGGAAUAUUGAUAUAAUAGAAGAAUGGAAACACAAUAAUUUUUGGCACCCCGACCUCGGGACUAUCUACUCUGUCACCGUCCCUGUUCGGCGCGUACGAUCAGAGUACCAAUUGGAUGAUCCAACCGGAACAAUCACAAACGUUGAGUACAAAGAUACUGGAGAAGAUUCUGGUUCUGUAGAUGUCAAGUUUGAUUUCUACAUUCCUGGCUAG